AUGUUUAGAAAAAAAAUACAGAAACUAGGUCAAAUAACACUUGAUCCUCCACAUGAAUUACCUAUUUAUCAAAAAAUAGCACAUGUAGUGGAAAUAAGAGAUCAUGAUUUAUAUCUUUGUAAAACAGCUGAUGGAGAAACUCUUUUAGCUGAACUACCUGCACGUUUUCGUUGCAAAAUAUGGGUUAGAAGAGGCGGUUUCGUUGUAAUUGAUACACAUGAGUUUGAUAAAAAAGGCGGUAAAAUACAAGCAGAAAUAACCAUAAUUAUUCAAAAUGAAAAAAUAUGGAAAAAGAAAAAAUACUGGUUAAAUAACUAA